AUGCCGGCCGCGGCGCGGUCGUGGACGUGGACCUGCGGGUGCUGCGUGGGGAGGAGGAGGGGGAACAGCGACGGGGCUGCGGGCGCGUCGGGGCGCGCCGAGGAGGGCGACGAGUGGAGCCUCUUCAUCGACCUGCCCGUCCUCGAGGCCGCCACCGGCGGCUUCUCCGACGACAACCUCCUCGGCCGCGGCGGCUUCGGCCCCGUCUACAAGGCAACCUCACACGGGGUGAUGGAGAACGGGCAGCAGAUCGCUGUGAAGAAGCUGUCGAUGGGGUCACGGCAAGGCGUGCGCGAGUUCCUGAACGAGGUCCGGCUCCUGCUCAAGGUGCAGCACCGCAACCUGGUGUCUCUGCUUGGCUGCUGUGCUUCCUCAGGUCAUUUCCUGCUCGUCUAUCCCUACUUCCCCAAUGGCAGCCUCGACCACAUUCUCUUCGGUAAGACCUGCUCUGCCUCUUUUGUGUUUGCUCUGAAUUGGUUGCCAUCGUGGCAUGCUAUUGCUGAUUAUACAUGGAAGCUGUUCGAAGAAGGACGGUCCCUGGAGAUCGUGGACCCGUCUCUGUCCAACCCCGACGACAGCGAGCAGGCGCUGCUGUGCGUCCAGCUCGGCCUGCUGUGCUGCCAGGCCGUGGUGUCUGACCGGCCCGACAUGCACAGCGUGCACCUGAUGCUGUCGAGCGACUCGUUCACGCUGCCCAAGCCCGGGAAGCCGGCGAUCCAUGGCAGGACCGGCCGGUGGACGACAACGACGACGGGGGCUUCAGGAUCGUCGGCGUCGGCAUCGGGCGCCUCCAACACGAACACCACCAGCGGCAGCACGUUCGGCACCGACACGAACACGAACACGACCGGGGCCUCUGUGCUGGCUAAUAUCGCUGAGGACGAGUCCAGGAACUCCAUUUCCAUAUCCUUCACCACGGAAGGCCGGUAA